AUGACUGAACCAACAGAUUUACGAAAUACAAACUACGAAAACGAUAUUAGGUACACCGUGCAAGUGCACAGACUUAUCAUGGGACUAAUCGGUGUGUGGCCGAAUAUGGACAAACCCGGAAAAUGGACGAGAGUUCUCAGGGGACUACUCAGGAUCGCGUGUUGCUUCCUAUUGUCCUUCAAUCUGAUACCGUGGAUGUUAUACAUGUUUUUGAUUUUGGACACAUUUAAAAGCCGACUCAGGAUGGUCGGAGGAUUCUUCUUCUACAGCAUGGUUCCUGCUAUGUACUUCACACUUAUGUUACGGGAGGAUCGUAUUAAGAAAUGUAUGAGGCAUUUGCAGGAAGACUGGCGGAAUGUAUGGGACGCGAACGACCGUAAAAUUAUGUUGAACCAGGCGAGGGCCGGACGUUUUGUCAUCAUCUGCACUUUGUUAUUUCUGUUCACCAGCGGUUUCACUCACCGUCUGAUUAAACCAAUACUCCGUGGCACGAUCGUAAUCGGAAACGUGACAAUCAGACCGUUGGUGCAGGGCAACUACUUCAUUUUCUUUGAUCCGCAACAAAGCCCGGCUUACGAAAUCGUGUUUUCAAUGCACUUAGUGACUGGUAUCGUCAUAUAUAUCAUAACAACCAGUGUCUGCGGGAUCACCGCGUUAUUCACCAUGCAUACUUGUGGACAACUCAAAAUGUUGACCGUUUGGUUGGAGAACACAGCUACGGAAAACCAAUGGUCGAAGUAUGCUAUUGCUCAAAGAUUAGCAGCGAUUGUCAUACAUCACGUGAGAAUACGUAAAUUUUUACAUCAGAUACAAGACGUUGUAGGAGAAAUGUGUUUUAUUGAAAUUAUUGGAAGCACUUUAAUACUUUGUCUUCUUGGAUAUUACGUGAUAACGGGAUGGGAAUCAAAUGAUACACUAUCUUCUAUGACGUAUGGCAUAAUGCUUGUAUCUUUUACGUUCAAUAUUUUUAUACUAUGUUACAUUGGGGAACUUUUAAGUAGUCAGGGGAAUGUAGUAAACACAACUUGCUGUACGAUCGAUUGGUAUUGUUUGCCUAGUAAAGAAGCUCGUUAUCUUAUCUUAGUAAUUGCCAUGGCAAGAUAUCCGACAAAGCUCACGGCGGGUAAAGUGAUUGAUCUUUCAUUCAGCAGUUUUAGCGCCGUUGUUAGAACCGCGAUGGCAUAUUUAAACUUGCUGCGAACAGUUACUUUGUAA